AUGAGUCGCUCUGUCGAGCGGAACUCGUCUCCGUCCUCAGGGGCGUAUCAGAUGUGGCUGGGCAACAUCCCCUUCGAUGCGACAGAAGAAGAUCUGAAGACGCUUCUCUCUCGAGUCGGUCGCGUGCUCCAGGUCCGCAUCAAGUACGACGAAGGCGGCCAAAGCAAGGGCUUCGCUUUCUGCGAAUUUCCAGAUCCCGAGACCUGCUACCUCGCCUACGUGACGCUGAACAACGCGGACUUGGGCGGGAGGAAACUGAAGAUCGACUUCGCCACUGACGAGCUCCGCCAGCGCUACGGAUCUUCUGGGGGCGGGGCCGCCCGCGCUGAGAGACGCAAGGCGCCUGCAGGAUCUCUGGCGGGCACUUCCGGCGCCGAAGAGGCACUGCGAGGCCUGGGGACAGCGGCUGGAGACAGUCUGCUCGGGCCCGGGCCGGGCGCGAAGGCCUUCCGCGGCAGAGACACCCGCGCUGUCGGCGCGGUUGACCCGCGAGCCCAGGGCCUGGGGUUCCGGACGAGGCCUGUGAGUUUGUACGACGGCGCCGCGGCGGCAGCGGACAUCAUGGAGAUUCUGAGGACAUUCUCCACGACGCAGUUGAUCAGUUUCCUCGGUGAAAUGAAGACCUUGAUGAAGGAAGACGCAGGUGCCUGCCGGCGCCUGCUCAGUGCGCACCCGGCGCUGGUCUACGCGGCCCUGCAUGCCGUGUAUUUGCUGGGGAGUCCGCGACCCGAGCGCGGGCGCCAGGAUCCCAGAAGCAGCCAGAGAUCUUCGUCUCUCGCCCCGCCUGAGAAGAAGCAGAAAGUCGAGACGGAGACACGCGAAGAAGAGACUCGCGCGCGGUCCGUCGACGGCGGUGACCUCCGGUCUCUCGAGCGCCACAUGGGCCUCCCUGAGGCCCAACUCGAGAAGGCGCGGAGGAACCGGACAGAACGCCAGGAGCAGCUGCAACAUGCAGGCCUCCUCUCUGUUCCGGUGGCGACUGCGAGGCAGGAGAAUGGCCCCAGCCAGGGCCGCGCCCAAGGCGCCGGCGACGCGGCGCCGGGACAGCCCGGGGAUGGGGGGGGGUUCGGCCCCCAGGCCGGUGGAGCCCAGCUAGCGAGUCCCCUCGCGCCCGAAAAGCCGGGCCCAGCCGGAGACAGAUCGGUGCCGGGCCCACAGAGUGGCCUCGCGCCCCAGAACCUCAGUGCGGCGUCCCUCUCUGGAGGGCAGAGUAGUUCUUCAGGGACAGCGGCAGGCCGCGGCCUUCCCGGCGUGCAAAGGGGAGUGGCUGGAGGAGCCGCCGCGCCCCAGGCGAAGGCCCGAGGCGUUUCCGGUGGAGCUCCGCAGCUGGGACUUCCAACGUGCGUAGGCGGCGCUCUCCCUCAGGCUGCUGCAGGGACCCGGCCGCAGGAAGAGUCUCUUCGCAGGACGGCGAGACAGUCGACAGAAAGAGACGUUUCCUUCUCGGCUCGAGCGAGCUCUCAAGAGAGACGAAGAGAACGCAGCGUCUCCUCUGGGGGUCCACCCCACACUCUGCAGGCCGCGCCGGCCCAGCCGGCCCUCCAGACGGGGACACAGGAGACAUCUUGGCCCGCGCAGCCGGGACGAGCCGAGGUCCGAGAGAAACGGCCUUCCGGCGAAUCUCAAGAAGCCUUCGGAGUCGGCGGCGUCGUUCCCCAACAUCCUGCUCUGGCAGUCCCCCCUGCUCCAGAUGCUCUCGUCGAGGAAGUAUUGAAGAGCCCGGAUAUUCUGACCAACGUUCUGAACAGCAGACCCACCACGAUGCAGGAUUGGCCGCAAGAGCAGCGGCAGCAAGUUUUGGCUCUUCAGUCGGCGCUCUUGCGGCGGGGUUACCGCGUCGCGCAUUGAGACGAGAAGGGCAAACAUAUGCAGGCGUGAGA